AUUGAGGUCCCAGCUUCCCAGCCGUACGACAACGUCUACAGCCGGCAGUAUGUCCCGACAACAGAUACAGCGGUCUACAAGACAGUCUACAACACCAAAUACAACACGCAGUACGUCCCCGAGUACGUCACUACAACCCACUACAAGACGGACGUCAAGUACGUCACGGACUACCAGACCCAAUACCAGCCGGUCUACAAGACGCAGUACGUCACGAAGACGGACUACGUACCCAAGUACGUGACGGAAACGGAGUACGAAACGGUCUACAAGACCCAGGUGCAGUACCAGACGGUCUACAAGACCGAGUACCAGCCCCAGUACGUCACCAAGCACAAAGUUCAGUACCAUACACAAUACGAGACGAAGGUUGUACCCCACUACAACACCGUCUACAAGACUGUUCACAGCUACAAGACGGUGUGCCCCAAGGGUGGGUAUGGGCACGGAUACGGGCAAGGAUACGGGUAUUAGAAUGCCCGGAUGUUGCAAAAUUCUGAUGCCAUGUAUCAGAUCAUCUGGAUACUGCAAAAUGUGUGUGCAAAGUAAACAUCUAUCAAGACAAUGGUGUACAUCAGACGGUCUUUUGGAUGUUACGGAGAGGUCGUUAAGGUAAUUGCAGACAGAUUUAUGGAUUUUCUUUUUUCACUUUCUUCAGAAUGCCCUUUGAAGGCUGAAAAACUUCAGGCAUCAGAAGUCACUCUGGGUAUUCGAGAAAGUUGUGGACAUUGUAACCUGGACAUUAAACAAACCUUCAGGUUAUCAGAAGAAGCCAGGGAUAUCACAAAAGAGCCUCAGCUUGUUAGAUCACCAUCCAUCUACUUCAAGACUUUGUGGAUCUUUGUGGAUCCGGUCAUCUUCCAACAUUCCGGAUAUCAGUAAAACCAUCCGGAUACUAUAGAAACUUACGGAUAAGAGAGGCUCUCGUGGUCAAACCUUUCACCUAAUCACUUCACUUCAUCACCUUGAACAAUUUUUCUCACAUAAUAUUUCUCGCAAAUGAAACUCCAGAACGACUGUCUCUCAGGUUGUUCCUAACUAGAAUCUAUUUGCUAUGCAAAUCAUCUUUCAUUUCCUCCUUGAAUAAUGUGUAGUUAAUAUUGUCCUUCUCGUUAUUUAAAUAUUACCUCAUUCUCUCAGUCGAGUUACCUUUGUACCAAAUGUGUAUUUUAAUAAAGUAUGUGUUUCA